AUGGGGCUCCCCAGGCGUCGCAGAGAGCGAUCACUGAGCAAAGAGAGAGCUCGCAACUUUCGGCAAAGAGGCGGAGAGACACACACCAUGACGGCUACGUCGAUGGUGGCCUUCUCCGUUGGUGCUUUACUCGUCGUGUUCCUGUGGGCUCGCCUGCAGGCCUACAGAGUGCGAGGGCCGUGGGCGAGGGCCGCCGGGCCGGAAGGACAUAAGGAGGAGGAUAGGGUCCAGUUGGCCAGUUUGGAAUGGCUGCGCUUGAGAAAACAGUAUCUCGUUAGCCAGCUGGCGAUUGCCGACUCCCAGGUGGCGCAACUUGGGGAGGCGGACAACAGCAACAACGUUCACGAUGCUGGGAUAAGCAACAACGGAGAGCCGCUAGCUCUUCCGCGAAAAGGGAGCGGAGGGCCUCAACGGGGCUCUGUUGAUGUGCGGGCACGGGGCGACGGGGUGACAGGGGAGGGGGUAGAGGCGGAAGGGCACUUCAUUUUGGGGCUUUCCGCGGAAGGUUUCGGAUCUACCCCUGUGGAUGAGAUGAUGGCGAGGUACGACACGCGCGCUUGCGAUGGCUCGUUCGGGAACGGUCUGGUGGAUGCGUGGAGACGGACGGGGACGGAGUGCUGCCAACCCGCCGAAGCACUAGCGGACGGUCCGGACGCUUCUUCCGUCCACUGCCACUUGAUCCGUCAGGAUGACCACCACGGCAACGGCGACAACCUGGUGCACAUGAAAAACGUGCAGCUCGACCUGGGAGAUUUCAAGGACCAGAACGUGGCGACGAGGGUCAUGACAGCGUACAAGAAUUCGCAGCACGAGAAGCAAGCCUACGUGGGGCUCCGGCGGGGCGCCGUGAGGGGUACCUGCUCCCCAAAGGGGGCCAGCUGGCAAGAGAAAUUUUUUCCUGGUGAGCAGGGAGAGCAAGUCUGACACCAAGUGAAACUUCGUUGGUGAAAUGGAAGUGUGUCCGCGUGUGUUCCAUUGAUGGACCGGAGCCAAAUGUGGUUGUUCGGUAUUGCUGGCGCGGUUUUUUAGAGAGAGUUGGAGUUGGCAUCAAUUGCACUCUCGGAUGACCUGGGUGAUGCGCCUGGUUUCCACGCUUUUUCACCCCCCCGUUCCCCUCCGUCCCCCCCGGUGUUUACCAUCGGGGUUGGGCUUUCGUCGCUUGGCAACGACGUUGUAAAACGAGUCCCCCCCCCCCCCCCCGAUGUUUGCCAUCGGGGUUGGGUUUUCGUCGAUCGGCAAGGACGUUGUAAAACAAGCCGCCCCCCCGUCCCCCCGCAAUCUAGACUUAAGUGUGUUGGCGCUGUUGGCAAAGCGCUGUACAACACGCCAUCCCACAUGUAGCCCCCAAAGUAUGCGCUACCAAAGACGCGUGACGCAUGGAUGCGUGGAGUGAGCAUUGCUUACGGAAACCUCACAGGUUGAGUGAUGUAGGAGAUCGCCGGACACGUAGACGUGUUGAGUGAUUAUGGCUGUAUUCUGAAACCCCAAGGGUUGAGUGAGGUUUGAGAUUGCCAGACACAUGGACGGGUUGAGUGGGGAUAGCUGCAUACUGAAACCCCACGGGUUAAGUGAUGUUGGAGUGCCGGACACAUAGACGCGUUGAAUGAGGAUAGACACAUAUUGAACCUCACAGGUGAUUUGUAGUGGAGAUUGCGAGACACCUAGACGUGUUGAGUGAGGAUAGCUGCAUACUGAAACCUCACAGAUGCAUUGCUUUUUGAUUUGUCAGACACAUAAACGCGCUGCGUGGGGAUAGCUACAUACUGA